CCACGUUCGAUCGAGCCGCGUCCACAAAAACAUCAUUCUCAAAUUAGCAUGCCUGUCUAUUUAGGACUAAUAUUGAUCUGAGCAACAUAUAGGAGACAAUGUACGAGCUACUUUGGGCAAGACCAAGGAUGAUCUCUCCUACACCAAAGCUCACCAGCCUCCAGAUACUUAUAUGAACCCACCUAAUAAAGAUAAUAGCCCUUAAUUCAGUGCCACUUUACACGGUAGCGGUGGUUUAUACAUCACUCAUGUUUAGCAAUAUACGCACACAAUUGCUAGCCGGCAGAAAAUCACUUGCACGCUACUCUCGUUAAUACUUACCCCCGAAAUGGUGGGCUGGAAGAUCAGCUUUAUUGCAGUUGUGUUUCCACAGCAGUAGGGUUUAAAGUUCAUAGCCACUUGCCAAAUAUGCCAACGACAGCCGCCAAGCGCAAGCGUGCCAGGAAGGCAUGCAUACCCUGCCAUCAGCGCAAGCGGAAAUGCGACACCGUGUAUCCUUGUGGCAUGUGCACCACUUACGGAUACAACUGCAGGUACGAUGAAGAUGAUACUUCUGGUACUACGGGCGACGGCGUACAUGUUCUCCCCCUAACCAAGCGCGUCAGCCUCGACGGUGGAGGUCGUCUGACGAACCGGGCCGCCAUGGCGCGCAGUCCCGGCAACAGGUCUCAAACAGAGCGAGACCUUCGCGAAAGCGACGGCUCGUCGACGAAGAGCCCCGCCGUCGUGAGCGGCGCAUCCCCUGGAAUCUUUGACGAGCAGAAGUUUAGAUAUUCCGGGGCAUCAGCGGCCAUGGCGUUCCCACACGUCCUGGGUAUAGCUCUCGGCUCCGAUAGCCCUCCUAAGAUGCGGUCCUUUGCUUACAACUUUGGCAUUCGCCCCGAGGAGGCAUCUAACGCUCACUGCUUUCUUGGGAAUCUCAUCUCGGAGGAAGAUCUCGGCAUCUUCUCGAGUGUGUAUUUCUCGUUAUUGGGCCCUAUCGGCGACGUAAUGGACCCGAGGAUCUACGCUCAGCGGUGUCGGGAUUAUUAUCGUGGUUCUGGCAGCAGCGCGGUCACCUUUGCCGCCGUGGCCGCUGGUGUCGCCGCACUCGGGUCAUUUCUAUCUCCCAAUAGACACCCGCGGGAGUCUGACCUUGUGCAGUACGCCAAAGCCAUUCUCGAUGAUCCGGCCUCCAUGCGCUUGCAUGACAUCGACCACAUUGUCGCGUGGGGUAUGCGAGUGCUUUACCUACGGGCCACGACCCGGCCCAGCAAUGCCUGGAUCGCUUCGUGCACCCAAAUGCACCUCUGUGAAGCUAUAGGGCUGCACGAGGAGGAGAACAUCAAAAAGAUGGCGUCCAUCGCCGGCGCCGCUGCCCUUGGACAUGAUGUGGACCGGCUGAGAAGAAUUUUCUGGAUCUCGUGGGCCGGGCAUAACAUGCUGUCCUAUGAGUACGAUCGUUCCCCUGUAGUAUUUCGGGCCGUGACUUGCCAGUCUAUCAUCCCGGUGUCAGGGUCCGUUGCCGACCGGUUCGUGCAACUCAUCCAGAUCAUCCCAUCGCCUAACUCUCCGUUUCAGCUCGAAUGGCAGUCUCCAUCUCCAAGCGAGGAGCUAUUUGAGCGUCUCAAGGCAUUGAAUGAGUUCCAAACCACCCAUCCGUUCCUGGUGGUGACCAAGGCGGACAUCGCGUUCUGCUUCUUUCGUCGCCUUUAUCAGCUCAAGAUCCGCAUACCGGACGAUAUCAUUAAGCUCGUCAUUGAUAGCGGCAACGCCGCAGUGGAAGCGGCCGAGCGGCAAGCGAGCCAGGGUCGUCUGUUCUGGAACAUCAUCGGCAGCGUCUUCCAGUAUGCCUGCAUCCUGUUGGCCAUCGACACACCGACCGCCUCCGUCCACAUCGAUACUGCCUUCAAGGGCUUGGAGAACCUUGUCAAGUCUGCCGAUACAGCGCUGACGCGUGAGGCUUUGUCGAUGGCGCGGCAUCUACUCAGCCUUAAUAUGGCAAAGAAGCGAAAGGAACUUGCUCAGCUAGAAGCUGUCGAGGCGAACUAUCAAUUCUUUUCAGCGCAGCCGGCAUCCGAGGCCAACACCGCUGUGCCAGACAUGAAUUGGGAGGUGGACUGGGACCAAUUCUUCAUCGAGCCAUACUUGUCGAUGCUCGGUCCUGACCUCCAGUUAUAGCGGCGCGUGGGUCGUUUGAAUGUUGAUUGACUCCACUCAGCGGUGGUUCAAUAUGUAAAUUAUCAAACCAUAGCGUGG